AUGGAUCGCCCGACGACUCCCACAACUGUAACUGGAUCCAUACCCGUCACUUCGUCCUCGCCACACUAUCACGAUGCACCAGCGCUGCCAUCAGAUCCCCAUCCUCGAUUGUCCAUCCCAACACCGGCCCGCAUCCUGCUCGGUUCGGCAUCAUCUGGGGUCAUAGGCUUCACUCUUGGAGCCAUGCAGGGUGGACAGACGGCUCAACUCCGCUUUCGGGCAGAACACGCGCACAAGAUGCCUGAUACUACAACCGGGUGGUACCUGUAUCACAAGUCGAAAAACUACCAUGCUAUGCAGGGCGGGAUCCGCGAGGGAUUCCGGAUGGGGGCCAAAACGAGCUUUUGGAGCUUCGUUGCUUUGGGGCUGGAAAGCACAGUCGAUCGCUAUCGUGGUAGCAGCGACAUGUUUUCGACGACUAUGGCGACUCUGACGGUUGCGGGGGCUUUCUCUUUGUGGCACAGGUUCUCCUUGACGACAGCUGGACGUACAGCCAAGCUUGGCCUGCUAUUUGGCCUUGCUUAUGGGGGCGUGCAGGACCUGGUUGGCUUGGCCCGAGGCAGGCCGAUAGGGUAUGUGGAGGCGCUCCGACAUCGCUGGGAAUCUACAUAA